AUGGCGAUGAUGACUGGCCGUGUGCUGCUGGUGUGUGUCCUCUGCGUGCUGUGGUGCGCUGCCGGUUUUGGGCACGCAAGUGACGAGUACGGAAGUGAGGGUGGAGGAGAUGUGUUGACGCGGACGAAUAAUGGUGGAGGCGACGGAGUGUCUCUAAAUGCGGAAUGCGGGUUAUUAUCCACCUGA